UUGGAAGCUGUUAAAGUGGUUGCUAUGAGACCUUCUCCAGCUAACAGAGGCACAGCAGCGAGUGUGAGGCUGAUAAAUCGUACCUCUUGCAUUAUACCUUUCUUUUCUGCCUUUUUUUUUUUUUCCUUAGCAAAGCUUUUAUAGUUGUUUAAGAUCAGAGAAAGCACCUGCCAGUUGCUUUUUCUUCCCUUUUGCUCCAUUCUUCUGCCUCGUGCAAGAUGGAGCUAGAAAAUGAAAUGAUCAGCUCCUCCAGCAAUUCUUCAGCAGGCUCCAGAGAGUACAAGGUGGUGAUGCUAGGAGCAGGGGGAGUUGGCAAAAGCGCAAUGACAAUGCAGUUCAUAAGCCAUCGGUUCCCUGACUAUCAUGAUCCAACUAUAGAGGAUGCCUAUAAAACUCAAGUCCGAAUUGAUGAUGAACCAGCCUAUUUGGACAUUCUAGACACUGCCGGACAGGCAGAAUUCACAGCCAUGAGGGACCAAUACAUGCGAGGUGGAGAAGGUUUCAUUAUCUGCUAUUCCAUCACGGAUCGUCAAUCUUUUCAAGAAGCUGCUGAGUUUAAGGAACUCAUUUAUCGUGUCCGGCAUACCUAUGACAUCCCCUUGGUGCUGGUAGGAAACAAAAUAGAUCUGGAAGAGUUCAGACAGGUUUCAACUGAGGAAGGAAUGAGCUUAGCCAGAGAAUACUCCUGCUCCUUUUUUGAGACUUCAGCUGCCCUCCGCUUCUACAUUGAUGAUGUCUUUCAUGGACUAGUGAGGGAAAUCCGAAGGAAAGAGUCCUCAUUGCCUAUGGUAGAGAAGAAAAUGAAGAGGAAGGAUAGUCUGUGGCGGAAACUGAAAGGAUCCCUGAAGAAAAAAAAAGAGAGUACAACCUGAUGGCAGUUCCCCAUGAGCCACCCACCAGGAGCUGACCACAACAACCUGUAACAUUUCAGAAAGACAGCAUUGACACAGCAUCUUCCAGAUCAUGUCCUGGAGUUCCUUCCCUUCAGCCCUCCUGCAGAAGUAGCUCCUUGAAGGCCCAAUUCAUGGUUGCCCUGUGGCUCCUCUGUAUUAUAAAUAAAGUCACUUAACAUACCCUCUCAUUCCUUCUCUGCAAAUCUGAGUGGAGAAAAUACUGUGGUUUUUUAACUGUGGUCCCUGGCUGGUCUUCAAAUGCCAGGAGUUAAGCCAGCAUCCAAGGUAGAAACAAUUUCCACUAGCUUUAGAACAAGGGAUGCACUUAUUGCCUCCUAUCUACAUGCAUGGAUCAUUUUGCCAUCCCAGGAAUGAAUAACAAUGAUUUCAAUGAACAUUUUGACUCUCUAAGGACUUUGGGAUUUGACCUUCAGCUUUGCAUUCACAUGUAGGUUUAGGGUUAGACUAUGCUCAGCCCACACACACAUGUCUGUGUGCGAAUAUGUGUCUGUGUGAACCAGGCCCAAAGGGAAUGCUAGGGCUCCUGAUUUUGACCCUGUAGAGCCCUAACAUCAUCGUGUCCUUUCCAUUUAACCAGAAAGUUCAGCAAGCAUGGCACAAGUCAUGCACCAGCCGUUUGGAGGCUACAGGGCUACUGCUCUGUCUCCUCUGCUUAUCAGUCACCAAGAUUAAAUAGCAGAGGUGCUGUGUCCUACAGACAUGCAGUACAUUUAAAUCAUAGAAUUGGGUUGGAAAGUAUCUUUAAAGGUCAUCUAGUCCAACCUUCAUGCAAUAAGCAGGAACAUCUUCAACUAGAUCAGGUUGCUCAGAGCCUUGUUCAACCUGACCUUGAAGGUUUCCAGGUAUGAAGCAUCUAUUACACCUCUGGAAAAUCUGUUCCAGUUUUCCACCAUCAGCCACACUCCUGCAUACCACCAAGGAGCACACAAAAGCACUGUCUGAUGCUUCCCAGAGCCCUCCCUAGAGCAGUGCAGCUCUGUCCCAGCACACAACAUCUGUGAUGUAGCAUUCAGCCCUUGACUUACUAGAGAGAAUCAGGUCAGUCACCAACUUUUGCAGUCCUUGACCAUCCAAGUGAAUCAUUUGAUAGAUCAGUUGGACAGGUCUUUUAAAUACCCCUUUUUAAAGCUGGCAUGAAGUUUAGAGUAUAAUCACAUUGACCUUUUUUUUUUUUUUUUUUUCUCCACAAACUUCUUUUAUUAUUGACUUUAUUUACAAUUAA